AUGGAGAACAUCUCGUUACUUUCUUUGCCUCCUGAAAUUUGUCAUCGUAUUUUCGAUUAUUGUGAUAGUCAAACUAUUCUACUUUCGGUCCGUGGUGUCUGCAGAUAUCUCCAUGAUAUUACUAGUACCUACAGUCGGUUCGAAUUGAAAUGUAAUCUGUCUAAAAACUCGAAAUAUGAUGUUUUAUUUCGGUUCAUUUCACCUGCAAGUAUCACUUCGUUAACUAUUGACAAUAAGUAUCAUAGUCAUGAUGAUGAUGUAAUUUCUUGUUUGACACGAAAUUUUCCUCUUAUACAAUUUACACAACUUCGCUCGUUGCACGUUGACGGUUGUAAUUAUAGUGUGAUAAAGAUCAUUUUAUCUUCAAUACCGUUUCACUCAUUGGACGAACUUUCAAUUACUCAGAUCGAAGAACACACACGUCCUCAAGUCAUAUCGUUGGCUGCUAAGUUCAAUCUUCGCAAAUUCGUUUUCGCCAAAUCAGAAUUAACGACGAACGACAACAUUUUGUGGCCAAUCAAUUGGCAAUUGGAGUGUUUGGAAAUUGGUACUUGUAAUCUACUUCAAUACCUUUCCAUUUGCAAACGAAUACCUUCCCUACGGACGCUUGUUAUAGAAGAUUGCGUUGUUGGUGAAUACUGGCCAAAGAUAUCGAAUGGAUUAUCAAAUCAACUGAAAUCUUUGACUAUUACGAAUUGUUCCGCUUAUUUUGAAGAAUUAGAAUUGCUAUUUUCAGCGGUGCCGGCACUUACUCAUCUAGAAUUAGUUUUUGAUGAAGAUAUGUACGAAUACGGAUUAAAUGGUCAUCGUUUGGAAAGAAUACUCAAGAGAAGAUUACCAUUAUUACAUGACUUUAAGUUCUUCUUUGCCUAUCAUUACAGUGAAAAUUCCAAUAUUCAAAUUCUUGACAUCAAAUCGCUGAUACUUCCCUUUCGGUCAUCAUUCUGGCUUGAAGAGAAACAUUGGUACAUUACCUGUGAUCAUAUCUUACAAACUCGAAUGAUUAGAAUAUAUACGACACCUGUUCAAAUACGAUAUGAUAAAGGAAGAUUUUCAGAACAAGAACUACGUGAACACAGAUGUGAAGUAUCAUCGAAAGAUUACACUUGUCGAUUUAUUCGAAGAUCGUUUGAAGCGCAGAUUACAGAAAAAAAUCUGACGAUGUCAUAUCCUGAGAACAUUCGUACAAAUAAUGAAAUUAUACAAGAUCUUGCUGCUGCACUGGAACACGACGACACGUUUCUUACAUUGGAUCUGUCAAAGAACCACAUCGGAGAUACUGAAGUUGAGCAGUUUGUUAAUGCCUUGAGAUCUAAUACGACGCUGAACACAAUUGAUCUCAGCAACAAUGCAAUCACAGAUGUAGGCGCCCAACAUCUAGCUGAAUACUUAAAAUAUAAUACAAAGUUGACUGCAAUCGAUCUUAGUAACAAUGCAAUAACAGAUGUAGGAGCUGAGAUUCUUGCUCUGUGUUUAACACACAAUACGUCACUCAGAACGCUCAACCUAACUGAUAAUAACAGUCAAUUCCGCAAAAUUAUUGAAGCGACUCUCACAAUGCGCACAAAUGCGACACUUACUACGUUGGAUAUGUCUAGCUGUGACAUUGGAGAUAUAGGUGCAGUAAUUCUUGCUGAAGUUUUAAGAUCGAAUACAAUACAAAGUACGAAUUACCGUCGGUGCUUCACACGACAAUCAAACACGUAUGUCAUCGAACAUCUUAAUCAUCAACAUUUCGUCGAAAAUUUACAAUAUAUUCCAGUAGCUAACUAUGUUGCUGUUCAUAAUCUAUCUAUUUGUGAAUCGCAUAUAGACACUUACUCAACUGAUUAUCAGUGGCAAUCAAUAUGUCAAAGAAUCGACUCGGCAGUGAUGGUAUACAACAUGUUUAUCAUCGAUCUUAGUAGCGAUAGAAUUGACCUUUACGGGGUACGAGAUUUGGCUGCUGUUUUAGAAUAUAAUGCGAUGCUAACACCACUGAGUUCGCAGAUCCAUCAAACUAAUGACACAGGUGCAGGGCAUUUCGGUGAUGUUCUAUAA